AUGCAUACAAGGAAUUGCAUGGAGAAACUCUUGGAAGUUCUUAUUGCAAUUGGUGAUGAGGUUGCUUGCCUUUCUAUUGCGAAAUUGAUUUUAAGGCAUUGGCCAUCACAUUCUCAUGCUUUGCAUGUCAAAAGUACCAUUGAGGAGUCUGAACCAAUCCCACAUGCUCCAAGAGGUAUAGACAAACUGGAACCUAAACAUGUCCGAUUGAAAUUUUUGGAGAAGAGAAAAGCAACAAACAAUGAUCAAGAUGAUGGUAUCCUAUCCAAAAAGCUAAACCAGAACAUAGAAUUGUACAUCCCCGAGGCUUCCUGGAUAGCAUUUGCUGACACACUUCUAGAAAUCUUACUUCCAUUGAGUGGAUCUAGUUGUGAACAAGACCCUGGGAAAUUAGCUAGAUCUAGGGAUGUUAGAUUAAGUAUACAGUUGCCUCACAGUUCAAGAAUUGUUAUGGGAUUUGGGGAAAGAAAAGAAUGUACUAUCACCCCACUUGCUAAAAAUAAGUCUUAUAGUAAUUGUAAUUCAGGCAAAGGUAGUUUUUUACUGAGAAGGAAGCAAUUAUGUAUGAAGAACAACUUCAGGAGAGGUGAAGUAGUAGUCUUGAAAGGCUUAGAAGUCGUAAACCGAGUAAAGAAGAAUUAG